AUGGUCAAGACCAAGCCCAUCUUCUACGGACAUGGUUUCCCCGAAGAAGAUUUACGUCGGCAAGGUCAAGAUGUUCCUGGAUUCUUCCCUGCUACGUUAGGGAUGACUUUGGGCGACGGUCAAUACACGAUCGUACGAAAGCUUGGUACAGGGGCUUUCUCUUCUGUUUGGCUUGCCAAUGACAGCCGACAACACCGUUACGUCGUUCUUAAAGUCCUCACUUGUGACGCAACGGAGGCCAUCCUUGGCCCUGGCGGAGCUUCACUAUAUGCAGACCGAGAGAUUCUUCGAAAGAUGGCGACUGCAAACGACAACAGUCCUGGUUACGCACAUAUUACGCCGUUCGACGACUCAUUCGAACGUCCAGAGCUAGAUAUUCUUCGAAAGAUAGCGACUGGAAACAACAGCAGUCCUGGUUACGAACAUAUUAUGGCGUUCUACGGCUCAUUCCUGUUCACUGGACCCGUUGGAAAACAUCUGUGCAUAGUCUCUGAGGUAUUGGGUCAAAAUCUGGGCCAGGUCCGCGAGUUAAGGGCUAGUCCAAGGAUGAACCUCCCCAUGGCUUUGACGAAGCGUAUCACGAAGCACAUCCUUUCCGCUUUGGUGUAUCUACACGACGUUUGCGGCGUCGUUCACACCGAUCUCAAAGAUGACUGCAUUUUAUUCCGCCCUUCAAAUGUCUCGGAGAUCGUUGAAUGGGCGCUUGAUAAGGAGCCGUCAAGUGUCUACGAUCCAAUUGAUUACGUCGACGAAGUCGACACAGAUUGUAACCCUGAUGUGCCCGUCAGGUCGCAACCAAUCCCGUUUUCAAAGUCAGAUGACCCAGCUCUGGAUGAGUACCACGCUGUUCUCGUUGAUUUUGGUUGUGCGCAGUGGGUGGAUAGACACUUCAAUGAAUCCAUCCAACCAGUGGCUCUUCGGGCGCCUGAAGUCACACUCGGGUACCAUUGGGGGACAUCAGCCGACAUAUGGAACCUCGGAUGCCUUAUUAUGGAGUGGUUAAUCGGUUUGCCAUUAUUUGAGCUCCCUAUUUUCGAAGACGAUUUAGACCCCCACCAUCUCAACCAAAUGAACGAUACCCUCGGAGAAGAAUUCGAUCCGGCCUUUCUCGCUAAAUGCCAGCACAGCGCCAAGUACUUCAACGAGGAUGGGACAUGGAAGUGGCGCCCCAGAUCAACAGCAAUACCCCUCGCCGAGAGUCUAAAAGAUCUUGCCCGUCCAGAGGGUUCGUCUGAGUUCCAAGACGUGGAACGCUUCGUGCGUCGAUGCUUGAAGUUGAACCCGGAGGAUCGAGCUUCCGCCAGGGAACUACUCGAGGAUGCGUGGCUGCAGGGUGUCUGA